AUGGGCGAACUUGUAACUUGCCCGGACCAGGAAUCUGUGGUAGAAAAGUUCAAGCUAUCCGUCCCUCUCGACAAGUUUCCAUCUCAAAUACUUGACCAUGCUCAAACCCUCAAGCACCUCGACCUGUCGGGAACAGGUCUUGCCAGCUUGCCUGACAUCUUUGGUCAAUUCAAGAGCCUGAAGAUAGCCUUUUUCUCCAACUGCAACUUUGAGGUCUUUCCCAAGGAGCUGGCUGCUUGUCCAGAGCUCGAAAUGGUUGCUUUCCGCUCGAAUCGGAUAAGAGAGAUCCCCGAGAAUGCACUGCCGUCGCGACUUCGCUGGCUUAUCCUCACGGGCAACAAGAUUGAGUCUCUGCCCAAGAGCAUAGGCAAAUGCUCCCGCCUACAGAAAUGCAUGCUUUCUGGAAAUUUGCUCCGUGAGCUCCCUGAUGAAAUGUCAUCGUGCCACAAGCUUGGACUCUUACGGCUAUCCGCCAAUCGCAUUGAGAACCUGCCAUCUUGGCUGUUCGAGAUGCCUGAGUUGGGUUUUUUGUCCUUUGCAGGAAAUCCGUGUUCAUCCGAGAGACCAGAAGCUGCCAGCGCUGCUCAGGCGUUGGCAAAAGUGCCUUGGUCUGACGUGGAGACACGCGAGUUGCUGGGUGAAGGAGCGUCUGGUUCAAUAUUCAGAGGGGACUGGACUUGUGCCGGCGAGUCCCGCCCCGUGGCCGUCAAGCUGUUCAAAGGCGACAUUACGAGUGAUGGGACGCCCUUGGACGAGAUGCGUGCGUGUAUGGACGCUGGUUCGCAUUCGAAUUUGAUCGAUCCCCUAGGAGAGAUUCUGGGGCAUCCGGAGAAGAAGGGCUUAUUGAUGCAACUGAUUCCCUCGGUUUAUAAGACCCUGGGGUUGCCUCCGUCGAUGGAAACAUGUACUCGUGAUUGUUUCUUGCCGACCACCACUCUGACGCCGCACCAAGGCUUGAGGAUUCUUCAGGGCAUUGCCUCAGCUGCUGCUCACCUGCAUAAGCGAGGCAUUGCUCACGGCGACCUAUAUGCUCACAAUAUACUAUACAAAGACGAGGGCCAUGCUCUGCUAGGCGAUUUUGGCGCUGCUUCCAUAUACAAAGAUUAUGCCGUUGAGGGCCUCGAGGUUCUUGCUUUUGGACAUCUGAUGGAAGAUGUGAAGAAUCUCAUCGAGGUCGGGCACAGCGAGUCAGAAUCCUGGGUACUGGUGGCAGAUGAAAUGGCGUCACUGCACACAGCUUGUGCCAAUACCAGCGUUACAGCUCGUCCAUCAUUCGGUUCGAUUGAGCACGAGUUAGGUGGCUUACUUUCCAAAAUACUUUCCGUCAAAUGA